ACCACAGUUUCCGUGGAGUACCGAGAGACGGGUCAAAAGAACAGAGUCCAUUCUUGUGCAUGGCAUUGGAAAUAUAAAACCUGAGUUGCCGGUGAGGAAGCUCAACAUCGACUGCUGGCUGCUUUAGUCAUCCCAGAGGGUUGGCCCUGCCCUGGAGCAGGGAAGAGGCUGAAGCAUGAAGGCAGUGGCCGCUGUGGGAUGCAGUCUUUUAUUUACUGUGGUCGACGUGACACUCACCACGCUCCUGUACAUCCGUGGAGUCCAUAUAGAGCGCUUCUUCGAUGUGUAUGGAUCAGUGGUGGAUCUGUGGGCCGCCUCCCUCGUCAGGUCUUCCUUGCUGAUGGGUGCUGCUAUUGGGGUUUCCAAAAACACCACUGAGGGUCCCAAGCGGGUGAAGGACUUGGAGACUUUUACAAUUGUCAUGUGCCUGCUAACAGGCAUGUACUCUGUGAUCAAGCUGCUGCUGUAUUCUGAAGUCAUGGAGUCGCUGAGUGAUCCGUGGUUCCUGUGCCUGGUUGCAUGGACUUGUAUCUCCGCCCUUGCCACUUUCCUUACAUGGAAGCUGCUUUCUUUAGUACAGCCGGUGAGGGAAACAACCUUAGGCAUUAACUCAGAGGCUGCCAGCCCAGAGGAGACGGAAAGCCUGCUGGAUUCAGAGGAGGACAGCAGCAAAGGGGCCAAAAAAGACACUGCAUCUCCAGCAACAAUAGGCAGGCUCUUGUCAUACUCAAAACAUGAUGCUGCCUUGCUGGGACUAGCAUUUCUGUUUCUCAUCGUUGCUGCUGUAGGCGAAACCUUUAUCCCCUAUUACACUGGACUGGCAGUCGAUGCAAUCGUUAUUCAGAAGGACAUGGAAGCCUUCUCCAAAUCCAUGAUUAUUAUUUCAGUGUUUGCCAUUGUAAGUUCGUUUGCGGCAGGGGUUCGAGGUGGGGUGUUUUCUCUUGCUCUCGCCAGGUUAAACGUCCGAAUCCGCAACCUGCUCUUCAGAUCCCUAGUCCGCCAAGAAAUCGGAUUCUUUGACGCGAAUCAUACAGGGGACAUCACCUCUCGCCUGACCUCGGACACGACGAUGGUGAGCGACCUGAUCUCUCUGAACAUGAAUAUCUGUCUGCGCAGCCUGGUGAAGGGGGUGGGGGUGUGCGUCUUCAUGUUCACCCUGUCCUGGAAGCUCUCUCUCAUCACCUUCAUGGGCUUCCCCUUCGUCAUGCUGGUCUCCAAGCUCUACGGCAAAUACUAUAAGAGGCUUGCCCGGGAGGUCCAGGACGCCCUGGCCAAAGCGAACAACAUCGCGGAGGAGACCGUCUCGGCCAUGAAGAUGGUGCGGAGCUUCGCUAACGAGGAAGCCGAGGCGGGCGUGUACUGGGAGAAGCUGCAGCACAUGUACAAGCUGAACAGGAAGCAGGCCCUCGCCUAUGCCUGCUACAUGUGGUCCAGCAGUCUAACUGUGCUCGCCCUGCAAGUCAGUAUCCUUUACUAUGGCGGCCAUCUGGUAGUCUCUGGACAUCUGACCAGCGGGAACCUCAUUUCCUUCAUCAUCUAUGAACUGGAGUUAGGGGACUGCAUGGAGAACAUUGGUGCGGUGUACACGGGGCUGAUGCAGGGAGUCGGAGCUGCCGAGAAGGUCUUUGAGUUUAUCGACCGCAAGCCCCAGCUGUCCAGUGACGGGACCCUGGCCCCCGACACUCUCAAAGGGCUUGUCGAAUUCAAGAAUGUCACUUUCUCCUACCCCACACGCCCCGAGACCCAGGUCUUAAAGGACGUGUCCUUCACUCUUCACCCAGGACAGGUCACGGCUCUGGUGGGCCCUUCAGGAAGUGGGAAGAGCUCCUGUGUGUCAUUACUGGAGCAUUUCUACAGAGCCCAGGCUGGCCAGGUGCUGCUGGAUGGAACGCCCAUCGAGGAGUAUGACCACAGGUACCUGCAUACCAAGGUCUCUCUCGUGGGCCAGGAGCCAGUGCUGUUUGCCCGCUCUGUGCAGGAGAACAUUGCGUAUGGCCUGACUGAUUGCUCUCUGGAGGAGAUCGUUCAGGCUUCAAUGAAGGCCAACGCCCACGGGUUUAUCACGGAGCUGCCAGAUGGAUACAGCACAGAUGCCGGUGAGAAAGGCGCGCAGCUCUCCGGUGGUCAGAAGCAGCGCGUGGCGAUCGCUCGCGCUCUCGUACGAAGCCCCCACGUCCUCAUACUGGAUGAAGCCACCAGUGCACUAGAUGCUGAAAGCGAACAUAUUGUUCAGCAAGCUCUGAAUGGUAUCAUGCAGGACCGCUCGGUGCUGGUUAUAGCACAUCGCCUGAGCACUGUGGAAAAAGCCCACAAUAUCAUUGUAAUAGACAAGGGCGAGGUGUUGGAGCAGGGGACGCACAGAGACUUAAUGCAGAAGGAAGGUCUGUAUUCCAAGCUGGUGAAGAGACAGAUCCUGGGGAUAGAGACUGGGACUGAGACCAUGAACCGGGUUACAAGCAACCCCCCGAACACACUUCGAAAACAGAGAGAGUCAAAAAGGAAGAGCACUGAGUCAGGUGAAGAGUUCCACGUCUGAAUCAGUCCAGAUUGGGUCCUCCAUUGUCAAGCUUCACUGUAGAGUUGUCAUAUUUAUUUAUUGCGUUUAACCAGGAUUUGUUUCACUUUGGAAAAGGCUGCCUUAUCUCUAAAGUGGGGGAUGUCAGGUUAGAAUUGGACCGUAAUUAGGGUACCAUUUUAUUAGUUUUUAAGAUUGAACUGAAGUGCUUUGGAGAAAAAUCCAAGCCGGUGAUAAUUAAAGUGUCUGUGCAUUUAAGAGGUCCCCUCCCGGACACCAGCAAAACAAGACUGUUAUCAAAAUAGAGGGAUUAAAGCAGAAAGGGUCAUUAUUGAAUGUGCUGGAAACUCACUCCAAGAGAAAAUUCACAAACAAAACAGAAACACGUUUCAGAAGCGGGAGAGCAUCAGUUCUAAGCUGAGUUUACAUACAUAGUUUAGAGUUCAGUCAGGGGUGUCACCCACCAUCCUGUUAGUUCAUUAUUAAAUAGAAUAAAACCCCACAAAGUCUGGCUGACAGUUAUAUUAAUGACAUUUCCCACCACGAACUUUAUAAUAGUCAAUCAAGACCCUUUAAAUCUGUUCACCCCAGUUUCAGUAUUGGGGUAACAUAUGGGUCACAGGGCCGAACAGAAGAAAGAUAAAGCUGAAGAGUCAUUUCGUCAGAACGGACAGUUCUGGACAGUCAAAAUGUUCCUCCCUCCUUUCCUAAAAGCUGUUCUGCUUAUGUGGCCGAACGAUCCGGUCCAAUUGAUGAACAGAUCCAAAAACCUGUUCCUGUUCAACACGAAUAAGCAGGACGGGCCGAGGGCACAGAGUCUGUUCAACCCAGAUGGCACCAUUCUCUCUUCAGAUCCUGUCUUUAAAAGACAAAGCAAUAGAUACUGUAAUCAAGGGCAGUUUGAUUCCCAGUGAAAUUACUGUAGUCGAUUUAGUUAAGGGAAAUCCAAUGAAAAUGCUACAUAAAAACAACAGACCCAGAUAUGAACAAAUGUAAUGCUUCAACAUGAAUAACGGAUAUGCAAAUGAGAUACACAGCAUAAAGUAUGUCCAGACCAAGCUGUAUCACAAUUGAGUAAGCACUUUUCUACACAGUAUGUGAAAUGUAAGUGUGACGUACAGACAUGCAUACACCACUUGGUGGUGCUAUAACCCUGUUGUUGCUGCCGUGAGCUGUGCAUUUGGGUGUACAGCUGGCUCUUCUAGUCUGGGUUUUGUUUCAGCCCUGUUCUACAUUGUUUAAUUGAAGCAAUCACUCCAGACCCUGAAGUAGUUCAUUAUAUCAUUGCAUCUGUUAAACCUGGAGUGGAAUAGCCGUCGUGACUGGAGACUUCUAAUUUAUACAAUAACCUGAGCUUAUCAUAAAUCUCUGAUAGUCAAGCAUUACGUGUGGAACUGGAGGAUCUUUGAACGAGUGUCUGUUACUA